AUGAACAACAUAAAUCAUGAGCCGAUAUCGACAUCAACCAAUCAUGAAUCGGCGAUGUUAGACCCAGAGGACAUGCUUUUGAAUGAGGAGACACUUUUUGACAUGAGCAUCUUAGAGGACGAAGCAGGGUUUCCGAAUAUGACACAGACAGACAUAGAGCCUCAAUCUGCUCAGGUACCAAGUCAUGUCAGCAUUGAAAAUGUGUUGAAAAUGAAGUUCUUUACCCCUGGGGAAGCAAGAGAAUUCUACACGAGUUAUAGUAGGCUAAAAGGUUUUGCAAUAAGGAAGAAUAUGAGGAUAAAGAAAAAUCAUACUAAUGGAAGAUGGUUUGUUUCACAGUUUGUGGAUGAUCAUAACUACACCUUACUCUCAGAAAGGUUUAUUGGAUAUCUGUCUUCACACAGGAAUAUGUCUAAUGUAGAAAUUGCUCAAAUGAAUAGCAUGAGGCAAGUUGGGAUAAGCAUUCCAAAGAUAUACCAGACAUUUACAAUAAACGAUGAGAAACUGUUUUGGAGGUAUGAGGUAGCGGUGGGUUCUCGUAUGUGUGACAUUAUAUGGAGUGAUGGUCGAAGCCAGGAAGAUUAUGAGGCGUUCAGUGAUGUCCUCGCCUUUGAUGCGACCUAUGGGAGGAACAAGUAUAACAUUCCUGUCAUUGUUUUGUUUGGGGUUAAUCACCAUAAUCAGACAUGCGUGUUUGUAGCAGCAACGGUUUUAUGUGAGUCACAGGACUCGUACAAAUGGGUGCUGAGACGGUUUCUAGAAUGCAUGCGGGGAAAGGCCCCGAAGGCAGUUAUAACUUAUGGGAAUCCUUCUAUGAGGCUAGCUAUUAUGCAUGUUUUUCCAGAUGCUCAUCACAGACUUUGCGCGUGGCACCUACUAAGGAAUACCACUGCUCAUGUCUCACAACCACGUUUCACCCAAUUAUUCAAACAGUGCAUGCUUGCUGACAUAGAGGUUAAUGAAUUUGAAAUGCAAUGGGAGGUGAUGGUUGACGAGUGUGGUGUUUGA